AAACUAGCACCCUUUACUUUGUGACGUGCGGCCAAUCCAUUGAGGCUACAACUAGGAGACAUAGAAAGUUGGAGUAGAGAAUUAUUAGCAUUUAUUUUUAGAUGUACUCCGUAAUCUAAUCCUACAAACCAAAAAUAAUAAACUUUGAUAAAGAAAAACUGCAAGAAAAAAAACACUAUUAGAUACUGAAGCGGUAGAAGGGCUGGGACCUAGAAACAUCCGCCACACUAGGAUGUGUCACAUGAGCACCAUAGAUAAUAAUAAGGUGGUCUGUAGAUAAAGGCAAUAUACUCUGCACAAUUUGUUCUAGCAAGUUCAAUCUCUUCUAUUUAGCUUGGUUCUGAAGUUUCAUGCUUAUACAGAGUGGUAAAUACAUUGAAGGAUUAUGCCCUCAAAGCUCUUCUUAACACCGUUGAUCAUUUGGGCUCUUUGACAUUUAAGGCCAAUGAUAUGUUGGAGGAAAAGGUAGUCGAAGUUUCUGGAACAGAACUUCAUAUAUCUUGCAUUGAGCAGGUGAUCCUAUGACACAUUUACUAAGUUUUCUUUUCUUUUAUGGAAAUUUGUUUUAUAUUUUUUGGAUGCUUUGUCUAUGAGGUAUGAUGGUAAAAGUGUUCCUUCUUCCUAAUUACCAUAAUGUUAGAUUUGCAUAGUGCUAAAACCAAAGUUCAAGAAUGAGGCUUCAGUGGGAAUUUUGAUCGCUAGCCAAUCAACUCUUGGCUAUGUAUGUGUAGUUUGCUGCAAUGGACACAUAUUAUGGACCGUUUGGAACUGGUAAAAUGCUUGGGGAAAAAGUAGUGAGGAAAUAAUAUAAGAAAUCUGGACUGAAAGAACAUGCAGUGGAUAGAAGGGCUUCAAAGUCUAUAUCUUAAUCCUGAAUAUUUGUUCAACCUCAUUUUAUUUAGAUAUUUCUGUUAUAUAAAGAGUUUGAAAUCUAAGUACAUAUAAAAUGUUAUUCCGUACUUUUUUAAAUCAAAUUUGAUUUUCCAAGGUAAAACCAAACCUUAAAUGAAUCAGUUAGCAUUUCUGUUUAUCCUUUCCCUACCAUUAUCCGAGUUCCAAACACAGAAAAUAUGUCAUGAGAAAUAACAUAGCAUUGAAGAUUGAGUGUUGGGAAAUAAAAGCUAUUCAAAGAUGAAAGUAGAGUCCAAUAGCUCUCUCUUGGUUGCUUAAAAACUUCAUGAUGAUGGGUGUAAUUGUGAGGAUAGAGGGAGUAUACGGGCUUUAAAUUUCAUGAGCAUUCAUUCCCAGAGACUAAGAACAUGCCAAGAGUAUAUUGAUCAGCAGGGUGCUUCUCAGCAAAUAUUAAGGAUAACUACUCCCAAGCACUAUAAAAGGUACAUCUUGCCAGGGGAACCCAGGUGUGAUCUUGAUGGUGAUGAAGGUGUCGGGCAUCAGUUUCAAAAUGGUGUUGAAGCAACAACUAUUAAUGGCGAUGCUCCACUGGCGGUUGCCUGCGGAAAAGGGCACUCUCCAUCACCUUCUCUGAAGCAAUCUAUACCAUCAUCUUUGUCCACUGGCAUCAUGCCUAAAAGGGAGUUAGAGAAGCGAACAGGGUCACCGCACCGUUUUCGUCACUUACGAACUGCAUCUCUUCCUACUAAACCCAAGAGUUCUCGGCCUACCACCCCGGAUCCAAGCAGACCGCCUACUCCAACCCCAACUCCUCCAAAAUCACAGAUGCAUACUUCAGAAGCAUGGAAACCGACACCGUUGGAGUUCCACGGAGAAAGAGAAAAGACCAGAAACUCUGAUCACCGCCCUAGCAAAAGUAAACGUCUUCUUAACGCUUUGCUCAGCCGACACAAGUCAAAGAAUGAUGACAUGCUUUACACUUACAUCGAUGAAUAUUGAUGACACAAGAACCGCUCUCUUGAAAAUACUAGUAGGCUCCAUUUUAUGGGGAAGAAACCUUGGGCACUUCCUCUUUCUAUCGUUAACAGUCUCUCCACCCUUCACUAGUAGAGGUAACUAAUGUAUGUGUACAUCUUACCCUCCCAAGAACCAUCAAUGGGAAUAGACUGGGUUUAUUAUU